AUGUCCGAAGAAACCCCCCAAGCCAAUAAUCCUUCGGAGAACUUCGCAACAGGCAAUGCGCCUCUGGCCCUUGAUUCGAAUGCAGCCAUGGGUAUGGCUGCGUAUGAGCCAAGGUCCGAACCUCCGAGCGAGCCAAACCAUUUCCCACCAGAGUUUGCGGCCGAAGAUACACCCCAAUUCUUCCAUCAGGACGUGCCCGAGAAUGUGCAUGUGAAUGAUCAUUAUGGACCUGAUAACGGCAAAUCUUGGGAACGCAUUCCUCGGGAGCAAGUGUGUGGCUACAACAUACCCCCGGAAGAUGAGCUAGGAAGCCACACUGGAAGUAGAGUUCGUUUUGAUGAGAACUUGCCUAGCAGACGCUCAAGAGAGAACGAGUCCCGGAGAAUGGGCUCGCACGGAGGAGGCAGUCAUCGAGGACAAUCUCACAGAGAGGAGCCUCACGGAAGGGAGCCUCGUAGAACGGACGAUCGCGACAAGAAAUAUCACAAGAAGGAAUCUCACCGCUCAAAAACAUCCGAAUCUCACAGAUCGUCGUCUCACAAGAAGGACUCACACAGAUCAGAGUCACGAAGGUCGGACUGUCAGAAGGGGGACUCACACAAGUCAUCAAAGAAGGAGGACUCUCACAAGAAAAAGACGAUAGACGCUACGCCCAAACGCUUCCCCCAUUUAUUUGACAUUCCCGCCUUCGUCGCACACGGCAAGGCUAUUGAAGAAAUCACGAAGAAACUCCAUACAGUCAAGUUCAAGAAGGAAAAGCUGAAGAAAGACAAGGAGUAUAUCCAGAAGGAGAUUGAGGAAUUAGAAAAGGGUGAGGGAAAUGACGAGGGAAGAGAUAUUGGAGAGGACAUCGCAGAACUUCGAAAAGAGCUGCAAAAGCUUGACGACAAGAAACAGAAAUUGAAGCUUAAGAAGGAGAAACUCAAAGAAGAAAAGAGGAAGCAUCAGAAGUCAAUGACCAGGCUACAACAGAGAUAG